GCUCAGCCACUCAAGUCAAGUCACUCUGUUCUGUUUUUCACUUGGGAGUUUUUCUGAAAACAUUUUGUUCAGAUUGAUUUGUUCAUCGGUUUUGUUACUGUGAAUUGUAAUUUUGUAUCAAAAAUAUUAAUGAUAUAAGUGUUUCUACUUCAACAUUAUCAAUCAGUAGUAAUGUCUGAACGAUUAAAAAGCACUCUGUCGCCAGAAGAAGAUUCCGCGAAGGUUAUAGAAGACCUGACAAAGGAUCUGGAAUUUAGAUUGAAUACAGAUACAAAUAAUGAUGCCCAUUUUGUGAUAAAUCCUGGAUCAAGUGCUGAAAACAUUCCACCUCCCGUUAGUGAUAACGAACAGUUUUCAGAUGUACCUUUAGAUGAAGAUUUAGACAAAGACUUCACAGAGAGAGACAAAACGGAAAGCGACACGGAUUCCAUAGACGAAGAAUCCCUCAAAGAUGCAGAGCUGGACCUCACGGAUGACCAGAAGCAGGAACGGAAGCUCAUCGCAGAAGAGUUGAAGGUGGUGGGCAAUGAGGCAUUCAGAGUGAAAGAUUAUGAGCGCAGCGUAGAGAAGUAUACUGAAGGUCUCAGAAUCUGCCCGCUCCAGUUCACACAGCUGCGGGCGUUCCUCUACUGCAACCGCAGCGCCGCGAGGAUGUCCCUACAGAAGUACACGAAAGCCGUCAAAGACUGCACAAAAGCUAUAGAGUUGGACGAUAAAUAUCUGAAGGCCUACUCCAGACGAGCGAUAUCAUACGAGGCAUUAGACAAACUAGACGAGAGCCUCGCUGACUUCAAGAAGAUUCUAGAACUAGACCCCUCACACAAGGAAGCGCAGAAAGCCGUCAUCCGUCUACCUCCCCUCAUAGAAGAGAAGAAUGAGAAACUUAAAACAGAAAUGUUAGGCAAAUUGAAAGAUCUGGGCAACAUGUUGUUGAAGCCGUUCGGCUUGUCCACGAAUAACUUUCAGCUUGAGCAAGACCCUGAGUCAAAGGGGUACAAAAUUAACUUUAAGCAAUGAGUUAAUUUGUAAUGUAUGUUUAUGUGUAUGUAAUGUAAUAUACCUAUUUGUAUGUUAAA